GUCUUAUUUGUGUUGUUUAUGGACACAGGAGUUUACGAAAUCUAAUAUUGGUGACCAAUGUUUUAGUUUUUGAGCUCCAGACACUGAAGACGACCGUGUUAUUAGUAACAGCAUUAUGUUAUAAUGCUAACAAAAGCCACUGGUUUGAAAUGUGUUGUAUUUUAUCAACCCAUACAGCAACAACGAACAACUUGCCAACAAUAGACACAGUUUUCCAAUUACCGAUUCCCAAACCUCCAGACGUGUUUCAAUUCUUGUCUGUGAUCUCUGGUCCGUGACACUGAGCAGUAACUGUACAUUUUAACCGUCGUGAGAACUUAAGAUAUCGACUUUUAACUUUGUUUUGUCAGGAAGGUCUGGAUAAUUCGAUGUUUAUUCAUAUCGCUAAAAAUCCAAAUUUAUUCCGUAUAUUAGCUGCAGGUUGGUUCAGUACGCUACACACGUAUCAGGAGUAAUUUUCGCCCCGUCACCACUGCUACUGACUAUUAAACUCGUUCUUCGAGUUGCACCAAACUGUCUUGGAAGGAAUCAAGGUUGGAACAAGAAUUGACACGACUUGAAAAUAUGCAGAUCCUACAACCUGUGAUUUGUAUCGUCUUCAUAAAGCUAUCAUCACCUGGCCCGCUUGAGAUGCUAGUUGAAGAGCCCUGUUCCAGAAACUGCUGAUGGGAUUAAGGAUGCUGUGGGUCCUGGUGGCGGGCGCCAUCUUCCUGUGGGUGUCGCCCCCAGCUUCCACAGUGCGCACUUUGCAUCAAGGACACAGCUACAAAAUCAGCCCGAAGCCUUGUUCGGUGAACGGACUGGAUGGCACGUGCAUGUUCGUGUGGGAAUGUAUAAAAACCGAGGGACACCACGUGGGGAUGUGCGUGGACACCUUCAUGUUCGGUAGCUGUUGCGCACAUAACCUCACAGACAACGCCAUCCUUGGGCCGGCCGGUGACGGCCACCCUGACAUCCUAUACUCUCCCCCUAGUCAAACCAUCUCGUCAACGACGGCCCGUCCUUCCGUAAGCAGCGUCUUCGUCUCCCUGGCUUCCAGACCCAAUUUCACAACUUCCGGUUCAUUGACGAGGCCUUCAACCCCAUCCCAGAGACCUCAGCACGGUUCCACCUUCCUGACCUCUAUAAGCAAUACACGACCCGAUUUCACUACAAGCAGCAAUUCCACCCCGUUCCGGCCACAGAGUGAAACGAGACCCCAUUUCACGAUGCGCCCGCAGGGUUCAGAACCCAUGUUCAUUUAUCGGCCUUCGACUUCGACCCACACUAAACCCAGCUUUACCGCAAGGCCCCCACUGGGUCACUUUACGUCACCGGACUAUACCGGGAACAUCUCUAGUCCAAGUGUCAUUCAGCUGGAACCCAGUGGGGGCAAGGAGCCCCCUAGAGAGGGUGCAUCAAGGCCUCCAGGCAGCACUUCGUCAGAGAGCUGGGCUUUGCCAGCUUCCGUGGCGGAGGGAGAAAGUACUAUGGAAUUUGCCAGCAGCGCCAUCGUGAGCUCGUGGACUCCGACGCACACGGCACCAAGUACCAUCUGGCAAGCCACCACGGAACCAGGUUUCGUUACGCGACUACGUCCAGUCGCUAGUUCAACUUCCAACAAGCCGAGGCCACCGUCCACCAGAAGACCGGUGUCUCCCACUACCAGAACAACGCCUACCACCAGUACUACCACAACAACGACGACAACCACUACCACCACAACAACAACUACCACAACGACUCCACCUCCGACAACCACCACAACCACAACUACGUCUCUACCACCAACAACCACCCUUGUUUCGGUGACAGCCAUCCAGUCUCUGUUUGCAGCAAGUAACGAGAAGGAAAUCCAAUGUGGGGUUCCACCGUUAUUUCCAAGGCCGGAGACACGAAUUGUAGGGGGCAGGAACGCGCCUUUCGGUGGCUGGCCCUGGCAGGUGUCCGUGAGGCGGACUUCAUUUUUUGGAUUUUCAAGCACUCAUCGCUGUGGGGGCGCGGUCCUAAAUGAGAAUUGGAUUGCCACAGCUGGUCACUGUGUUGACGAUCUCCUGACGUCUCAGAUACGGAUUCGCGUGGGGGAGUAUGACUUCUCGAGCGUCCAAGAACCAUACCCCUACAUGGAACGAGGAGUUGGGCGAAAAGUUGUUCAUCCCAAGUACAACUUCUUUACGUACGAAUAUGAUCUGGCUCUUGUACGUCUGGAGUCUCCUCUCAAUUUCGCACCUCACAUAGCCCCUAUCUGCCUUCCAGCAUCCGACGAUCUACUGAUUGGUGAAAAUGCAACUGUGACAGGCUGGGGAAGACUCAGCGAGGGUGGCACAUUGCCCUCAAUCCUUCAGGAGGUUUCGGUGCCCAUUGUAAGUAAUGACUACUGCAAGUCCAUGUUUCUGCGUGCCGGGAGGCACGAGUUCAUUCCUGAAAUUUUCCUGUGUGCAGGACACGAAAAUGGAGGUCAGGACUCCUGCCAAGGUGACAGUGGAGGUCCUUUACAAGUCCGUGGAAAAGACGGGAGAUACUUCCUAGCAGGAAUCAUCAGCUGGGGUAUCGGUUGUGCCGAGGCCAACCUUCCUGGCGUAUGCACACGAAUUUCCAAGUUUGUCCCAUGGAUCCUUGAGAACGUCACAUAGCGAAUGGAAUAUGGAGCUCGAAAUCCCAGCAAUCCGUUCAAUUCCCGAUGCCUAAUGACCAAAACGUCUCAAAAUCGUGGACUCGUUUUAUGCUCAAAUAUUCCUUACGUGACGGUAUGUUAGCUGAGAGCGUGGAUCUCCACAAACAUUGACCUCGAUAAAAGAGAAAUGUCUGUCGGUAAGCAGCGAAGAUAUAAGAAUCAAAAUCCAUUUUUACUACGACACCUAAAAACCCGUCAUAUAUUGAGUAGGAUUUGAGGUUUUUAUGGUGGUUAGUAUUGGGUCGUUGUGCCGUGUAGCCUGAUAGAAGUUUAGCGACGUUUCAAAAGUCCUUGCUGCAUACAUAUCACCCUGAUGAUGGAAGCAGAAAGGACAUCCGAAACGUUCGUAAACUUAUACCAGACUACACGGAGCUACAACCCAGAAGACAGCCAUCUUCGGACUUAUAUAUAUUAUUACUGACGAACAAUACAGUGUAUCA